AUCACCCAACAGGUGGAGCUGGCCUUGUGGGAUACUGCUGGCCAGGAAGACUAUGACAGACUCCGUCCUCUGUCAUAUCCGGACACAGAUGUCAUCUUGAUGUGUUUCAGUAUUGAUAGCCCAGAUAGCCUAGAGAACAUCCAAGAAAAGUGGACACCCGAAGUCAAGCACUUUUGUCCCAAUGUCCCUCUGGUUUUGGUAGGAAACAAGAAAGAUUUGCGGAAUGAUCCAAGCACCAUCAAAGAGCUCAGCAAAAUGAAGCAAGAGCCAGUCAAGCCAGAAGAAGGUCGUACUAUGGCUGAAAAAAUCAAUGCCUUUGGUUAUCUGGAAUGCUCAGCAAAAACAAAAGACGGUGUACGAGAAGUGUUUGAGAUGGCAACAAGAGCUGCCUUGCAGGUGAAGAAGAAGAAAAAGAAGAAGUGUGUUUUGCUUUAGGAUGUCUUUUAAAGAAAUCAACAUUUUGUAUUUGUUCCUUUUUCAAAAGUUAUAUAAUGUCUUACUGAUCAUUAUUCAGCCUUUAGUUUGUUUUUCAGACCAGGGUAUAAAUAAGAGAAAAUCUGAUAUAUAUUUUAAAGUCUGCAUCAUGAGAGGGUUGAAUUUCCUAGCAUAGAUGUGAUGUGUAUUUUUAAAUUAAUAUAUUGUCUAACAAAUUAUUUAAUCUUGUUAGUAAAUUUGGGAUUUCUUGAAAUUUGGAAGAAGUGCAGGAAGAAGGAGUUUACAACACCAUUGAACUAAACCCUUGAAACAUAUAAUUUUAGUUGGAUUAAAUUCAUUUCUGGACAUUUUCAUUUGGAACUUUUGAGAUCUUUUUAUGAAGUCUUAAUUAUCUGUUUGUAACAAUGUAGAAGCUAUGAAUUAAACCAUAGACAAAAAA